UGGAAACUGCUUUGUCUUCAGCUGCGUGGCAAUUUGAAGGCAUUUUUUUAAAAAUGCUUGAUUUGAAAAAUUAUGUUCCCACGGUGCGGCGGCUUUAAGCGAAGCUCACGUUACAUGGCUGUGUUGCAGGAUUGUAUAAAAACAGGAGGGAGGGUGGUGUAGUGAUUGCAGGCGCCGGAUCUCAUGCAUUGCACAGAGGAAACCGGCGGACUCACAGCUCGUUCUCUGCACCUCCCUGAUACCAUGCAGCGUACCGGGAGAGGGUAAUGUUGACCGCCCAACUCCUGGCCGUGGCUCUGAUCGCCACCACCAGCCUCCCGCCUUGCAGGAGCUGGAGUGGAGAGGACUUCUUCCUGCAACCCAACGGCACUUCUCUCAACUUCUCCUUGGCUGCCUUGGAGUUGGAUUCUGCUCCGGGGGCUGUCAAGGCGGAUGGUCCCGUCGCCCAGGGCAACCGGUGCAACCUCACCGUCGUGAGGCUGGUGUCCACCUCGCUGCUCGCCCGUUGGGAGAGAUCGCUGGGUUUCCACUGCGACGUGCUGCUCUUCACUACCAACACCAACGCCAGGUCGUUCUUCUCGGCGGCUUUCAACAGGGUCUUCCCCCCGCUCAUCAUCGACCAUGUGGGAGUCGGGGGCGGGGGGCAGCAGGAAUUCAAGCUCUGCGUAGGAUGCGGGGGAAGCCAGCGCAAGAGGAGGACACCACUCCAGGGACAGCAGGUUAAUUUUUGCUGCCUGGACUUCAGCCUUGAGGAGCUGAGCUGGGACAAAGGCUGGAGACUCAACCGUAAGCCCAUCGAAUCCACCCUGGUGGCUUGUUUCAUGACCAUGGUGAUCAUCAUCUGGAGUGUGGCUGCCCUAAUCUGGCCGGUGCCCAUCAUCGCAGGCUUCCUACCCAACGGCAUGGAGCAGCGGAGAGGCUGAGCUUGCAGCCUUGGACUGUACCCGGGCGGACGACCUGAAAUUUAUCCAGUUCUCCAUCCACCGUCCCACGCCGGGGGAACAGAGCUACAGGCGGUCACCUUUGCCUGCAACCACACCUCUGAGGCAUCGCACACAUCUUGGUGACACAGUCUCGCUGAGAGGAAACAGAAAGAAUUGGGCAGCGGCGGAUGAGAAGGUGUCUGCUGAACCCUUUGGUCCUGCAACCUGUCGCGCAAUUAUCUUUCUUUUGUACUGGUACUUAGAUCUGCAAGUUAACUUAUAGCGACGGACCAGCCUUUCUAGCAUUUAAACCAUCAAGAGUACAUAUUUACACGUUUAUUUUCUGGAGAUACAGGUAAUAAGUGUAAACUUUGAGUCGUGGCAUAUGAUUGAUUUGCUCCAUCUCGUCUUCCCGAGGUUUGGGUAACAGCAUGGUGUCUUUCAUUUGUAGAUUUCUUAGUCUCCAAACACUGUUCGUCAGUGAAUUUGCCUUUUUUUUUGCACUCUUUUGUUUUCUAAUCAAACAAUGCCAUCCCAAGGUAAUUCCCCAAAACUGCCUGGUUACAAGCAACAGACUCAAUGUCGCGUAAUUACCAGAAGGGCCUGGUGUUAGGAGUUUCCAAGUUGAAUUUCUCGCCAUAUAUCGGUUAAUUUGUGUUUACUGUUACUUGUACAUGUACCCGUUUCUCCUCACCCAAUUGGAAUAGAUGGAGGAACGUUCUGGGCUUGUUAAUAGUUGCCCUUUGGAUCCCAUAAAAAAAACGUGCUGUAUUGAAAUUUGUAACGAGAUCUGGGCAAAGCUUUUGAAGUUGUACAAAUGUGUUUGAAUGGUUUUAGAUAAAAAGUAUUUAAAACAUG